GUUUCUAAUUUUUAUUAACAGUAUUAUUAAAAAGGCUGAUAUUCAUAAUACAAUAGGUUGUAAAUCUUUUUAAAUCUGAGCACAGGAUGCUUAUGGGUUGCUUGUGAAGUUGCAAAAGUCUCAGUGGGGGAAACCAAGCUGUUACGCUCCAUUCUCCGAGUCUCCUGCUGUGGCUGAGGAGCGGCCCCAUGUCGUGAGAUUUCAGCCCAAUUCUGCAACUGCUGAAUUAGGGAACUGACACCUUUUUUGGAUCAAUCCAGGCAGGUUUAUAGGACACAUCAAAUUCUUAUGCUCAUCCACUGUUUUCCUGUUUACAAGCCAAUUAAGUAGAUUAUUAGCCAAAGAUCAUUAUUUAAAUGUAGUUACUCCUAGUUUGAAUCAAUGCAGUGGUUAUAAUUGGAAUGUCAUAAUGUUAGUGGUCUCCUAUUUACAGUCUGUUCUCCUCUCUGGUUCGCUUGAUUAAUAAUGUAUUCAGAAAAGCCUUCCUGUAUGAUAUUCUCCUUGUAUGACUGCUCAGCUUUCUGCCAGUGAAGACAUUAUUUUUGACAAAUAACAAACCAUUAGUAAGGAUCUAUUUUGGGGUUUUGCACUGGAUCAGACAUCAGAAUCCCGUUCUGUCACACAGAUCUGAGAACACGGCAGACUGGGGGGGACUGAGUACCCAGGACCCUCAUGUGAGGAAGGCCCAAAAAGAUGAUAGAAAGAGUAGCUGUGGAUGCAGGGGGGGGGCAUAUAGAAAAUGCCUUUCUACAGGGCCCAGAAUACAUUAGGUGUUCACAGUGAUCUGAUUUACUCCACAGUUUACUAUUUAGUUACAUUGAAUUAAAUACACUUCAGAGAAAGGGGGAAGCAAAAGAUUUUUUACUAAUGGUUCUGUGUCUUCUACAGGGGUGGUGCUUAAUAUCUGGGGUACCUGACAAUAGUUUUGAUAUUGUAAUUUGUUAUCUUUUGUCUUUACACAGGACAAGGACAAGAUGUCAUAAGGAUCCAUUUUCCAAAUUAGAUAUGAUAUUAGACUUUCUAAUUACUGGAAACGAAAUGGGAAAAUCCAAUCUAGGCUCAUGCUGUGCCAGUAAGACUCUUUGAUGGGUAGACAGACUUUUUUUGUAAUGGCUGAUUGAUCUUGGAAGUGCUCUCGAGGGCGCUGUAAACUCAGCUGUUUCCAAAAUGAGCGAGCAAGGAGAGCAUUUUGGUGAGAGUGAGUUAGGGAACAACAACCAGCAGGGGGGCGUGCUGGCUGAAGGGGAUGCCAACGCCAAUGAGAUCCGGACAGAGGAUAGAGGGAUAGCGGGCGACACUGGCAUGCUUUCUGGCCCAACGACUGAAACAGCACAGCAGGACAAAGUCAUCAUCUGGGGCACGGACUCCCAGUGUGACGACCCCGAGCUGGCUGAGUUUGAGAUGCUGGAGUGUCAGGAGCUGGAGGCCUACCUGGUUGAGGAUGGAGAGGACUUUGUCGGGCUUACAGACCAGAAAGAGCUUCAACAAAAGCCUUCACCAUUCUGCAAUGCCAGAGUAGACCAGGUGACAGGUAAUCAGAGCAGGGAAGAGGGAAAGUCCAUGCUGCAUGGCACCAGUGAGCAGGAAUCCAGUGCCUCUUGUGUCUCUGAGAGUAAGGAGGUGUCCAGGACUGAGUUAAGCUCAGAAACCAAUUUUGUGUCCUGUCUGUCCACCAUUUCAAGCAUGGACACAGCGAUGGACACUGCUGGCAAGAGCCAGACAACAGACUCCUGGCACAUUGCCUCUGGUCCUUACUCAACCAUCUCAGAAGACAUGACUCUGGUUUCCCAGACUGGCCAGGCCUCUCAAAUAGCUGAUUGCCCUCCCCUCCCCCCUGGGAAAAGCACAAUACACAGGAAAGAUGUGGACAUGAAUUUGAAUUCAACAGUUCACUCAGAGGAUGCAGCAUCACGGGCACAAGUGCGCAACAGAGUUACUCCGUGUAAGGACGUCAUUGAUGAGCACAGAAAGAAUAAUAAUCAGAGAAAUAAAGCAGGCAAUAUCAUCCCAGAGGGAGACUGUGAUCAAAGGAGGAGUCCAGAGCACAAGGGUUUACCCGAUGCAAAAACAUCACAUGAAGAAAGCACUAAAAUGGAUAAAAGCACACAAGCUGAUGAGGCCCCGGACAUGAACCACGGCCAACCCACAACAGGUACGAAAGGGACUCAGUUAUCAAUUGAAUCCAAAGCCAUAAAGAAACGAGGAUCAUUUGACAACUCGUUAAAAAAACAAAACUCUUUUGACAAGAGUUUUAAAAAGCAGCCAUCAUUUGAGAACACUUUUAAGAAGCAGCCAUCGUUUGAGAAUACUUUCAAGAAGCAGCUCUCCUUUGAUAACACCUCCAAAAAGCAGGGCUCUUCUGAGAACCCAAUCACCUCCGGCUCUUCAAGUCUGGAGAGAAGGAAGCCAUGGGGAAGCCCCAGUCGGCCAGCAACUCCCACCACGCCGAAAACUACUUCCUGUUCCCCCAAGAGACGACCGCCUGGUUCUCCUGCCAAGGUCCAGAGCGGCAGGGCAUUGAGCUUGGAGCGCAGCGACUCCCCUCAGAGAGCAUUAAGUCAAACAGUCAAACCACCAGGUAAGACAGGUUUGAGCAGUUGCAUCCCCAAACCUGUCACCUGUCAGCAGAAAGAGCCUGAACCCAGAAGGUCUUCUCCUCCCCAGAAGCCUAAAAAUGUCAGACCAAAAAUCAUCACCUAUGUUCGAAAGAAUCCCCAAGUAAAACCCCAAGGGACAGAUGCCCCGCCGGAAGCCUCGACACUCCCAGUAAGAUUAUCUUCUUACUCCAGCCCACCAGCUCAUAAAGAUCCAAAGGUUGGUCCUCAACCUAAAUCUACGCCGGUGCUAUGUUCCUCCAACCUGCUGUUUGACAAAUAUCGACAGGAGAUGCAGAAGGCGGGGUACUACCCCCCAGGCAUGGCUGGGACUGGGGCAAAACCUCCAAGCAGCACCAUCCCUCAAAGGCUGAGUGGAAAGUCGGGCAGUUUUCAUGAGGAUAUGCCUGAGAAAUACCUCCAAGAGCCUGUUACCCAAGAUGGAGGCAGUGUGUACCGCUCACCCAGAGCUCUGAGGCCUCAGCUGGGGUUAGGGGCGGUCACCAGGCAGCCUGCAGCCAAGACAAGAGUUCAUCAGGCAGGCCAAAGGUCAGCGCCGGCCCCAGGCCAGUGUGCUCAGGCUGCCCAGGGCUACCAGGACCCUGCAGGAGAGCAAAAGAAGUCAGGAGAAAGAGGUCCAGAAGCCACCCCCAAGGGCGUCCUGGUGAAACCAGGCCAGUCUGGUCUCCGUCCUCCAGGCUUCAGCGCCCUGCCCGCUGCCCGUCUAGCCACCUUCGGCUUCGCCCGGAGCUCCAGUGUCUCGUCUGUGUCCAGCACCCAGUCCAACGACAGCAGUCACAGUGAUCCCUGCCGAGCCUCUCAGCAUCCGGGCAGUGGCAGCGACGACACACAUCUCCACAACGCCACAGCGCCCCCCAGCGAAGCCUCCAACGCUCAGAGCCGGCCUCACCCUCCCAACGCCCCCAGCCUCCAGCGCCGCAGUCUGCCGCCGCAGCGCUGCUCCCCGCUUGCCUCGAGGAGAGAAAGGCAGAAGGACAUAGAGGCUGUUUUGCCUCCGAAGUCCUCCCCCAAAAGAUUUGCAGUGGUAUCGCCCAAGCCACAGUCCCCUGCUUUCAGUGUUGCACACUGGGAGCAACUGCAGCAGAGGAAGGAGGAACUGGAGCGGCGUUUCAAGGCUGAGCUGCAGGGAUUGCGGGCUCAGCAGCAGAGGGAGCUGGGAGUGCUGGAGGAGCGGCUGAAGGUGCAGCACGGGGCCCAGGUCGAGAGCCUGCAGGCCCAGAGGCGGGCCGAGCUGGAGGAGCUACGGGUCAAACAGCAAGAACAGAUUGAGGAGAUGAACGAGAACCAGGAGGCGUCCCUGAUGGAGAUGGAGACGGCUCACGAUGACACACUGGCCACUCUGCAGGAGGAGCAUGCCAGGACCGUGAAGAAUCUGAAGAUGGCCCAUGAACAGCAGACCAAGUCUCUGGAAGAAGAGUUUGAAAAGAUCAGACUGUCACUGCAGGUAAACGCUUAGCCUUUAUGAUUUGAUUUUUUUUUACA